AUGCCUCGGCUCAGCUUGGCGGAGACCAGGUGGUGCGGGGACCAGUUCGUGCAGUUCCUGCGGGACACGGGCCGGGAGCAGGAGAACCGGCGGGACGCGCUGCGUGGCAUUUACAACAUGGAGUUCCGCGAAAGGACUGAAACCAAAAUGCCCAACUUCUCGUGCAUCUUAUACGCUCUGAAGGUGACCCGCCGGGCGCAGGUGUCUGGGGAGUUGGUGCUCUUCAAGAAGGACAAGAAGAGAGUGGUGAUAGCAGACCAGUACUGGAGAACCAGAACCAAUGUAGAGGUGUCAGCAUCGGCAUCAGCGUCACAGCCCAGCUCUGCUCCACAAAUGCCCCAAAGCCGUGCCAAGAAGUGGGCUGAGCUCAUCCGUGGGAAGCAUGGGGUCGAGAUCACCUCAGAGCACAACCAGAGCCAGGGGCACAUCCGCUUCCCAGUGGUGCCUGGCGAGCCCCGGACGGUCACCAUCAUGGUGCAGAACCACGGGACCAAGGCUGUGACCCUGCAGCGGUGCCAGCUGCGCUGGCCAUCACGGGAGCUCUCCUUCAGUGACGAGAAGGGGGUGAUGCAGGGACAGUCAGUGCUGCUGCACCCAGGCAGCAAGUACCCUGUCCAGGUGCGGUGCCAAGCCACCUGCAAUGGGUACUCCCAUGCUGUGGUGGUCUUUGAGUUCACCAAGGAGUCCCAGGAGCACUUCACUAUCGGUCUCUACAUCGCUGCUGUUGCUGAGAGCCAGCUGGCCAAGGACCUGGGGCCCUCGGAACCUUUCCAGCCUUACCAGGCUGGCCUCCGCCGCCCUGUCACUGUCAUCACUGAGGAUGGCAUUCCCCCCAGCAGCUCCCAGCAAAACGAACUGGAGAAGGAAAUCCCUCUGGGCACCUACCAGUACCCAAAGAGCCUCAAAGAGGCAAUCGUGACCAGACCCAACGCCAGUGUCAACACCGGCUGGGCUGCGAGGCAGUCACUGCUGGAGGCUCCCUUGCAAGCUAAGAACUACCAGCAGAAGUUCCAGCUGCUGCUGCACCUGGAGGAGAUCCAGAUGGAGGUGGACAUCCAUCGCUACGACAUGAAGGACGUGCCCAUGGUGCAGGACAGGGGGCUGCUGGUCCUCAACGUGCCCGGUGUGGCUGAGAACCGCCCAUCCGUGCUGAAAGGAGACCACCUCUUUGUCCACCUGAGCAGCGAGCGGGACCACUCCCCACUCGUGCAGUACAAAGGCUACGUGCACGGCGUGGAGCUGGAGAGCGUCAGGCUCGGCUUCUCCACCAAGCUGCAGAAGAAGUUUGUGAAGAACCUGAGGUUCGAUGUGACCUUCACCUUCAGCCGGCUGCCGCUGCAGGUCCAGCACCGUGCUGUGGACCUGGCCAUGAGGCGCGGCUUGGCCAACCUCCUCUUCCCCUCUGCCUCCUGCCACCAGCCCUUCCUCACAGGCACCUUCCAGCCCCGGUGGUUUGACCGCAAGCUGCAGUCCAAUGAGGAGCAGUGCAGAGCUGUGACACACAUCCUGAUGGGGACAUCCAGGCCAGCUCCAUACCUCAUCUUUGGCCCCCCCGGGACUGGCAAGACGGUCACAGUGGUGGAGGCCAUCAAGCAGGUGUGGACGUGCCUCAAGGACUCCCGGAUCCUGGCCUGUGCCCCUUCCAACAGCGCUGCAGACCUGCUGUGCCAGCGCCUCAUCAAGGACUUUGCUCCACGGUACAUCUACAGGCUGAUGGCAAACUCCAGGAACUUCCAGGAGGUGCCUGCUGAUAUCAGGCCCUGCUGCAACUGGGACAACCAGCAGAGCUGCUACGUGUACCCGAGCAAGAAGAACCUGGGCUGCUACCGGAUCAUUGUCACCACACUGGUGACAGCAGGAAGGCUGGUGUCAGCCAACUUCCCCCCAGGGUUUUUCUCCCACGUCUUCAUCGAUGAGUGUGGCCAGGCUGUAGAGCCGGAGAGUGUGAUUGCCAUCGCGGGGCUCCUGACUCCCAUGGACCAGAAGACCAACCCCAAUGGGGGGCAGCUGGUGUUGGCAGGAGACCCUCAGCAGCUGGGUCCUGUCCUGAGGUCACCACUGGCCAUCGAGCAUGGCUUGGGCACCUCGCUGCUGGAGAGGCUGAUGCUGCACAACCCCCUGUACAAGAAGUCAAGUGAAGGAUAUGACCCUCAAUUUGUCACCAAACUGCUCUGGAACUACAGGUCCCACGAGGCCAUCCUCAGGAUCCCCAACGAGCUCUUCUAUGACAGUGAGCUGAGAGCCUGCGAGCGCAGCGAGCUCGACGUCCGCAACACCUACUGUGCCUGGGAAGAGCUCCCCAAAAAAGGCUUCCCCAUCAUCUUCCACGGGGUGUGUGGGGAAGACCGGAGAGAGGCCAAGAGCCCCUCGUUCUUCAACACGGCUGAGAUCGAGGUGCUGCUGCAGUACCUCAAGAAGCUGCUGCGGAGUGGGGGCAAGAGGGGCGUCCCUAGCAUCUCACCCAAGGAGAUUGGCAUCAUCUCUCCUUACAGGAAGCAGGUGGAGAAGAUCCGGAAAGCCAUCACCUCCCUGGACCCUGUCCUGCGGGCACUGCCAGACAUCGACCUGCUGAAGGUGGGCUCUGUGGAGCAGUUCCAGGGCCAGGAGCGCCGUGUCAUCCUCAUCUCCACUGUGCGCAGCUGCAACGAGUACCUUGCACUUGAUGAGACCUUCAAGCUGGGCUUCCUCAAGAACCCCAAGAGGCUCAACGUGGCCAUCACCAGGGCCAAGGCUCUGCUGAUUGUGGUGGGUAACCCAGCUGUGCUCAGCAAGGACCAGCACUGGCAGAGGUUCCUCAGGUACUGCAGGGAGCAGGGGGGCUACACUGGCUACCCCUACGAGGACGAGAGCCCGGCCGACGACAGCCUCGCCGCUGACCUCCAUGCACUGCACCUCUCCAAUUAG